AUGCUGAAACCGCACCCAAUUGUCCCUUUGCAUCUUCAUCACCGCAUAAUCGUAGAUUUCUUCAACACCACGCAGGCCCUCCAGCAUGUCACGCCUAUCCCGGCAGGGACGCCGCCGGAGAAGAGCAUCGAGUUGCUUCAGGGCCACGAGUUCUUCAUUCAGUGCGACCCGCACAUGAUGAAAUACGAGGCCAUCGAUACACCGGCGGAUCCUGCGCCGACGCUGCCCGCCGACCGCGGCGUGACCGCGGUGGCCGCCCCCAAGUGCUACGAGGUGAUGGACAAAGUCCACGCGCUGCCCGCGGGGCUUUGGGAUUCGGACGUGAUCAGCACGUACGAGUUCAUCAACAUCGAACGGGGCGUCUUCGUGCGGAUACGCAGCCCACUCAACACCAUGAUGGAGACGGUGUGGGAGAUUCGUCAGACGGAAGAUGGUGGUUCAGAGCUGGUGGAGGACGUGCUCAUCAAGUGCUCGAGACUUCUCGUCGGCGUCAUCAAGGGUACUUGUGAGUCCGGGUGGAAGGGGAUCCAUGAGAAGAUGGUUGGCAAGAUGGCGCAGCCGUGA